CCCAGGAAGAAGAGAUAUGUUGUAUUUUGUACACGAAAACUCUACACCAGAGCAACCAGUGAAAUUUCGGUACACUAAACAACAGCAAGACAAGACGUGGAAAACCAAAAAGUACCCCCAGGGUCCUGAUGUCGUUCAAGCUGAGCAAACCCUUUCUCAACAGCCAAGCAGCACCGUAUCCGUAGAAGACUUUGGCCGCUUCCUUCAAGCCAGAUCUAAACAGUCUGCCGUUCUCAGUCGAUUCUAUGGACAUACCAUCACAAACCAUGAUAAUGGAUACCCCCUCUUUCGCAAGAUCCAUCUUUCAGCGUACUUCAACAAACAACGCUUACGCGCCAAGUUUGGAGAAGACGCCGUGUUUGUGAUGGGAAACUGGUCCGCUCUCCAUGCUAGGUACCAUGAGCCCAUCCGUGGCCUUGGUUUCCGAAGACUCCUCAAGAAGCAUGGGUUCCAAGCCUAUCUUAUAGACGAGUACAAGACCAGUAGGUGCUGUCCAACAUGCCACAACGAAAGCCUCCGUACGUUCCGUCGUGUUCCAAAUCUACGACCGUAUCAACGUGAAUGUACCAAUCUAUACUGUAGACCCGCCAUGGCAGCUCCAGAUAGAUAUCGCUUAUGGAACAGGGAUGUUGCUGCUUGUCUCAACUACAUGCACAUCCUUCGUGAGCUUCGACGUAAUGGCAUGGUUCCUCAUAGGUUUCGUCGGGUUGCUGUUGCUCCUACAAGACGUCGAAGAAGAAUGGACGAUCAGGAGCAACCAAGAAUUAGAACACGCUUAGAUGAUGAUCCUCCGUCCUAG